AUGUGCCGCCUUCUCCGCCGCCGCCGCCCGCGCGACCCGCGCCGCGCCUCGACAGGCGAUGACGGGGCGGGCGCCACGGGACUCGGCGUCGGGGACUUGUCCUGCCUGCGGCACACGCCGCCGCCGCCACGGCCGCCUCGGCCACCGCUUUGUCUCCGUCAGCGCACGCAGCGCGGGUCACCUCGCUCCCUGCCGACGGCCUGUACCUCCGAGGCCUCCGCCGCGCCGCCGGCCAAUCACGGCGCCGCUGCUCUUCCCGCCCCCGCGCCGGGGCUCCGCCUCCUGAUUGAAGCCCUGGCGCGCCCUCCCCCCCUCCCCGGUCUGGUAGGGCGAAGGAGCGGGCGUGCGGUCGAUCGAGCGAUCGGUUGGCGGCUCUUUCUCCUGCUCUGGCAUCCAGCUCUUGGGGCGCAGGCCCGGCCGCCGCGGCGCGCGCCCGGUGGCCGUUGGCGCUCGCGCCGCGUCUUUCUUCUCGUACGCAGAACUCGGGCGGCGGCCUAUGCUUUUGCGAUUCGACGAGGAGUCGUCCGGGUGGUCGGCGGCGGCGGGCAGCUGCUCCGCCCCGCUCCCGGGGAGGCGGCGGGGGAGGCUGGGGGGGCCGGGGCCGGCCUGGAGGCCUGGCGCCACCCUUCAGGGCCUGCUAGGACCCAGUUGGAGGGACAGGAGGGGGCCGGAGGAUGGCUGGUGGUGGGCUUUCUCCUUUGCCUUUUCCUACUCAUGCCGCCUUAGUGGGGGCCGGGAGCUCUGGCGGCAGCUCCGGGGUGGGGAUUCGAGCUCCGGAGUCGGAAGAUCUGGGUUUGCUUCCGGGCCUAGCCACCCGCUGGUCGAGUGACCUUAGGCAAGUCACUCUGUAAUUUGUCUGCGCCUCAGUUUCCUCCUCUGCCUAUCAGUGUGUGUAUGGAAUUGAAAGCGCUUUACGGAAGCGUCGGUUUACAUAAAAGGUGAUUAUUGUUUUUGUUUUUCUUUUGAGUUGCAAGAAGACUUAGCAAUUGCUCAUUCCCUGAAAUUAAAUCCGGGAGCCUCUUAUUGGAGAUCGGAAGGCUCCCUGAAUUUGUGUACAGAAACACGUUGGGGGAAUGUAUUCUAGGGCAGUGAGCGGAUCCUUCCUCCCAUAGCAAGUUUUCAAAGGGAGCUAUGACCCAGAACAGUUUUUGCCACCGGGAGGAGACUGAGGCCUACAUGUCAUUUGGGACCCCUCACAACCAAUAUGAAGCCCCCGUUUGAGUCCCUGGUAUAUGUGAGCUGCUUCUUAACGCAUAAUGACUUCACUGCUUGGCUUUCAUUCUAAGACCUUUCCUCUCACCGUAGGGUGCCUGAAGGGUGGCUGAUGCGUAUGGUACAAUGACACCCACUAUAAAGCAGCUACAGUAGAAGUGAAUGUGUUCAAUAGAAUCAAGAAGUGUAAUCUUUGGCCCAGCGAUUGUUUUCUGCUGCUCGUCCUGGUGCCUGACUACUUUUCGUUCAUUGACCAUUUUCAAUGACCAUGAUUGACACCUAUCAUUUGCUCCUAUUUUGUAUCCCUGGUUUGUCUGGUUGAUAGUGAACAGGCUAAUUUUUAAAUGGUGCUGCCAAACCCAGCUAAUGGUGCACGUGAAUUUUUAGCAAGCGGGCUCCUUGGAACAGAUUGAACCAGGCGUUGGAUUCCUGAAGAUGGUUGGGGUUGGUUUUGGUUUUGGUUUGGUUGGAUUGGUUUUUAUUAUUAAUUGAAGGUUAACAUUCUCUGAAAAGUUUUGUUGGGCUCUGGCUAAACCACAAAAUCAGUAUAUUUGGAAAUAAUUUGAAGCUUAACUUUUUCCUGGCCAGCCUUGUAUUCUAGUUGCUUGCAAGUGUGAGACUUAAGUGGCCAAAAUGCCAUUUUGUUUGUUUGUUAAUUGUCAGCUGCUUUUAUCAAAUUCCAGGCCAUUAUCCAGCAAACACUAUAAAAAUGUUUGAACAGUUGGAUUUCAAACAUUUUCGUUUUGUGGAGUGGUGCUUAUCAAGUGGUACAGCUCUUUAAGCAAGUGAACACAAACAUAUUUAAGUGUAUUUUGUAUGAUUAGAUGUUACCAAUUCUGAUAUUUUAUUCAAAUGUCUAAAAUAAGUUGACUAUUCCCUUUACCAAAGGGCCAGAGACAAAUGAUUUUCUUUCAAAAGAAAUGACUGUUUUGGAGAAAAAUGUGUUGGUCUUAGCUCUUUUGUAAUUAAUCUGGAUGUACCUCAAAAGACUCUUUUAAGACUGUGAUUUUAAAAGGCUUUCGUCUGGAGAAAGAAAAGAAUAUCAACUGGAACUUAAAAGCUUGAAAUUCUGUGACAGAACAUGGAUGUCCAGGAUUGGAGGUUCACGAAGUGUUUGCAGUAGUUGGAGCAGAUACAGCUUUUCAG